UCCAUGUUAGUAUAACUAAGUAGGUACCAGACCACUUCUAUAAAUACUGGGGGUUCAUCAGAAAGAGAGUAGUAGUGAGUCUACAAUAAAACCAACGUAUAUAUAUAUAUAUACACAUUAUAUAUCUCUCUUUCUCUCUAGUAACUUAAGUAAUGGCACAUGCCAACUCUUCUUUGGUGUUUAGAGUGAGAAGGCGUGAACCGGAGCUGGUUGCUCCGGCCAAGCCCACGCCUCACGAGAUGAAACUGAUGUCGGACAUCGAUGACCAAGAAGGUCUUCGGUUUCAGAUUCCGGUCAUACAAUUUUAUCGUCACCAUCCAUCAUCAUCAUCACCAUCAUCCAGAGUCGACCCUGUGAAGGUGAUCAGAGAGGCACUGUCACAGGCACUUGUGUUUUACUAUCCCUUCGCGGGUCGUCUGAGGGAAGGUCCCGGACGGAAGCUGAUUGUGGACUGUACCGGCGAGGGUGUGAUGUUCAUCGAGGCCGAUGCCGACGUCAGGCUUGACCAGUUUGGUGACGCACUUCAACCUCCAUUCCCCUGCUUGGAGGAGCUUCUAUAUGACGUUCCAGGCUCCGGAGGGGUCCUCGACUGCCCUUUGCUUCUCAUUCAGGUAACUCGUCUGCUAUGUGGAGGUUUCAUUUUUGCCCUCCGCCUCAACCACACCAUGAGUGACGCGGUGGGGCUAGUUCAGUUCAUGGAGGCGGUGGGCGAGAUGGCAUGCGGAGCGAAUGCCCCAUCUGUGCAACCUGUGUGGCAGAGAGAGUUGUUGAAUGCGAGGGAACCGCCACGAGUGACACGGACACACCACGAGUAUGAUGAGGUGGCGGACACUAAGGGAACCAUAAUUCCUUUGGACGACAUGGCCCACCGCUCAUUCUUCUUCGGCCCUACUGAGGUGUCUGCCAUCCGUAGGUUCGUUCCGCCCCACCUCCACAAAAAAUGUUCCACAUUUGAGGUGUUGACCGCAUGCCUAUGGCUUUGUCGUACCAUUGCCCUCCAGCCUGACCCGAACGAGGAGGUACGCAUCCUCUGCAUUGUUAAUGCACGUGCCAAGUUCAAUCCUCCCUUGCCUAAAGGGUUCUAUGGCAACGCAUUCGCAUUCCCGGUAGCCCUUUCUACUGCAGGGAAGUUGUGCCAGAACCCAUUGGGGUAUGCAUUGGAGUUGGUAAUGAAGGCAAAAGCUGAUGUGACGGAGGAGUACAUGAGAUCACUGGCAGACUUAAUGGUGAUCAAAGGGCGACCCCACUUCACGGUGGUGCGGACGUACCUUGUGUCGGACGUUACGCGUGCUGGAUUCACAGAAGUGGACUUCGGGUGGGGGAAGCCUGCAUAUGGAGGGCCGGCUAAAGGUGGGGUAGGGGCUAUCCCUGGUGUUGCCAGCUUCUACAUACCUUUCAAGAACAAAAGUAGUGGUGAGGAUGGGAUUGUAGUUCCCAUUUGCUUGCCUGCUCCUGCCAUGGAUAGGUUCGAGAUGGAGCUUAAGAGCAUGUUAAAGGAUGAUCAUGACUCACAACUCACUGCACCCAACACUACCACUUCCACUUUUAUUAUGUCUGCACUAUAAAUCGCUUUUCAGACCCGCAUCUUCUUUGCUAACUAGCUGGGAACUGCAUGCAAUAAGCCAUAGUAAUUUGGUAUAUAUAUAUAUAUAUAUAUUUCAGAAUUGUGUAUGGUUCGCUAUGUUUUUGGUGUGGUGCGAUAGCUUCUUCCAGUAUUGUUUGUGUAUGUGAAUCAUGAAAUUAUAAUGGUAGGGUUUUUAUUUUUAUUUUUUAA